UGCGCGCGGGGAGCCCAGAGUCGGCGGUGGCGGCGGCGGCGGCGGCGGCGGGGGCUGGAGGCGCCCGGAGCCUGCCCCGGGCGGUCUCCCCUCUGACUCCCGGAGCGCGCGUGACCGCCCCCCUUCUGCCCCCCCCAGGACGAGGAGGCGCCCCCCUGCCAACCCCCCCGCGAAGAGCCCGGAGCUGACCCGAAGAACCAAGGAACCGGAGCGGAGCCGGAGCAGGAGCCGGAGCCGGACCCCGGAGCCGAGGAGCCGGGAGGGCGGGCGGAGCGGCCGGGCUCUGGCCAGCGCUGUCCCCGCCGCCGCCUCUGGCCGCCGGCCGCCGGCCGAAGAGAUGGCGGCGGGGCCGGAGCCCGAGCCGGAGCGGGGCGCCCGGAGCCUCGUCCGCGCCGCCUCCUUGUGGCUCGGCUGCCUCCUGCUGCUGCUCGGGAGCCGGGACCCGGCCCUGGCCGCCGCCGCCGCCUCCUCGGCGGGCAGGAGUAGCCCGCAGCCGCCGUCGCCCCCAGGGGCCAGUGUAAGAACGUUUACUCCCUUAUAUUUUGUCGUGGAACCAGUGGAUACCCUUUCAGUUCGAGGAUCUUCUGUUAUUCUAAACUGCUCAGUAUAUUCAGAACCUUCCCCAAAAAUUGAAUGGAAGAAAGAUGGAACUUUUUUGAACUUGAUGUCAGAUGAUCGGCGUCAGCUCCUGCCAGAUGGAUCUUUGUUGAUUAACAGUGUGGUGCAUUCCAAACACAAUAAGCCUGAUGAAGGAUAUUAUCAGUGUGUGGCCACUGUGGAAAGCCUUGGAACCAUUGUAAGCAGAACAGCCAAGCUCACAGUUGCAGGUCUUCCGAGGUUUGCCAAUCAGCCAGAAUCUUCAUCAGUCUAUGCUGGAAACAGUGCAGUACUCAACUGUGAAGUCAAUGCUGAUUUGGUCCCGUUUGUGAAGUGGGAGCAGGAUCGACAGCCACUUGUUUUGGAUGAUAGAGUCAUCAAACUCCCAAACGGAGCUCUGGUUAUCAGCAAUGUUACUGAAGAAGAUGGAGGGCUUUAUCGCUGCAUAAUUGAAAGUGGUGGACCGCCUAAGUACAGUGAGGAGGCUGAGCUGAAAGUUCUUCCAGAUCCUGAGAUUUCAUCCAACUUGGUAUUUUUGAGCCAGCCUUCACCACUAAUCAGAGUUAUUGGGCAAAGUGCAGUCUUGCCCUGUGUUGCCUCAGGAGUUCCUACACCUGUCAUCAGAUGGAUGAGAAAUGAGGAGCCCCUUAGUCCAGAAAGCUCUGACAGAUUGGUGCUGUUGGCAGGAAGUAACCUGGAAGUCAGUGACCUCACGGAGGAGGAUGCGGGAACCUAUGCCUGCAUAGCUGACAACGGCAAUGAGACAAUAGAGGCCCAUGCAGAUCUCACAGUUCAAGCCUCACCAGAAUUCCUGAAGAAGCCUGCUAAUAUAUAUGCACAUGAAUCCAUGGAUAUUGUGUUUGAAUGUGAAGUGACUGGGAAACCCAUGCCAACUGUGAAAUGGGUCAAGAAUGGUGACAUGGUUAUCCCAAGUGAUUACUUUAAGAUUGUGAAGGAACAUAACCUUCAGGUUUUGGGUCUGGUGAAAUCAGAUGAAGGAUUUUAUCAGUGCAUUGCAGAGAAUGAUGUUGGAAAUUCACAGGCUGGAGCCCAGCUAAUAAUCCUUGACCAUGCACCAGCCACAACCGGACCAUUACCUUCAGCACCGAGGGAUGUCGUGGCCUCACUCGUCUCUACUCGCUUCAUCAAACUGACUUGGCGAACACCAGCAUCGGAUCCACACGGAGACAACCUCACCUACUCUGUGUUCUACACCAAGGAGGGGAUUAAUCGUGAACGGAUUGAAAAUACCAGCCAUCCAGGGGAAAUGCAGGUGACCAUUCAAAACCUGAUGCCAGAGACGGUGUAUAUUUUCAGAGUCGUGGCACAAAAUAGACAUGGUUCCGGAGAACGAUCACUUCCUCUGCGAGUAGAGACUCAGCCCGAGGUCCAACUCCCGGGCCCAGCACCUAAUAUCCGAGCAUAUGCUACCUCACCUACCUCAAUAACUGUCACGUGGGAAACACCUUUAUCUGGCAACGGGGAAAUUCAGAAUUACAAGUUGUACUACAUGGAAAAGGGAGCAGACAAUGAGCAGGAUGUAGAUGUUGGAAGUCGCUCCUACACCAUUAAUGGAUUGAAAAAAUACACAGAGUAUAGUUUCCGAGUAGUAGCUUAUAAUAAACAUGGUCCUGGAGUCUCCACACAAGAUGUUGUUGUUCGAACGUUAUCAGAUGUCCCCAGUGCUGCUCCUCAGAACCUGUCCUUAGAAGUGAGAAAUUCCAAGAGUAUUGUGAUUCACUGGCAGCCCCCCUCCGCAGGCACACAAAAUGGGCAAAUCACUGGCUACAAGAUUCGCUAUCGGAAAUCCUCCCGUAAGAGUGAUGUUACGGAGAGCGUUGGAGGAACACAGCUGUUUCAGUUAAUUGAGGGUCUUGAUCGGGGCACUGAGUACAACUUCCGAGUGGCUGCACUUACUGUCAAUGGGACGGGGCCAGCUACAGAGUGGAUGUCUGCAGAAACGUUUGAAAGUGACCUAGACGAAACUCGUGUUCCUGAAGUUCCUAGUUCUCUCCAUGUCCGCCCACUUAUUACUAGUAUUGUAGUGAGCUGGACUCCUCCAGAAAACCAGAACAUUGUGGUCAGAGGCUACGCCAUCGGCUAUGGACUUGGCAGCCCCCAUGCUCAGACUAUUAAAGUGGACUACAAGCAGCGCUACUAUACAAUUGAGAACCUAGAUCCAAGCUCCCACUACGUGAUCACCCUGAAAGCAUUUAAUAAUGUGGGUGAAGGCAUCCCACUCUAUGAGAGUGCAGUUACCAGACCUCAUACAGAUACUUCUGAGGUUGAUUUAUUUGUUGUUAAUGCUCCAUACACUCCAGUGCCAGAUCCCACCCCCAUGAUGCCGCCGGUGGGAGUUCAGGCUUCCAUACUGAGCCAUGACACCAUACGGAUUACAUGGGCAGACAACUCCCUGCCAAAGCACCAGAAGAUCACAGACUCGCGGUACUACACUGUCCGAUGGAAAACCAAUAUCCCUGCUAACACCAAGUACAAGACUGCAAAUGCAACGACUUUGAGUUAUUUAGUAACCGGGCUAAAACCUAACACCCUCUAUGAGUUCUCUGUGAUGGUGACUAAAGGUCGGAGGUCAAGCACAUGGAGUAUGACCGCUCACGGGACCACCUUUGAGCUCGUUCCUACUUCUCCACCCAAAGAUGUGACAGUAGUGAGUAAAGAGGGAAAACCGAGAACCAUAAUAGUGAACUGGCAACCUCCUUCAGAAGCUAAUGGCAAAGUUACAGGAUACAUCAUUUACUACAGUACAGAUGUGAAUGCAGAGAUUCAUGACUGGGUUAUUGAACCAGUGGUUGGAAACAGACUGACUCACCAGAUCCAGGAAUUAACCCUUGAUACACCGUACUACUUCAAAAUCCAAGCCCGCAACUCCAAGGGCAUGGGGCCAAUGUCCGAAGCGGUCCAGUUCCGAACACCUAAAGCGGACUCUUCUGACAAAAUGCCUAAUGACCAAGCUUCAGGGUCUUCAGGAAAAGGAAGCAGGCUGCCAGACUCAGGAUCUGAUUACAAGCCUCCGAUAAGUGGAAGUAACAGUCCUCACGGAAGUCCUACCUCCUCUCUGGACAGUAACAUGCUUUUGGUCAUCAUCGUCUCCAUUGGCGUCCUCACCAUUGUGGUAGUAGUGAUCAUUGCUGUGUUCUGUACUCGUCGCACCACCUCACACCAGAAAAAAAAACGAGCUGCCUGCAAAUCUGUGAAUGGCUCACAUAAAUACAAAGGAAAUUCCAAAGAUGUCAAACCUCCUGACCUUUGGAUCCAUCACGAGAGGCUGGAGUUAAAGCCUAUUGAUAAGUCUCCAGACCCAAACCCGAUCAUGACUGAUACCCCAAUCCCACGAAACUCCCAAGACAUUACCCCUGUUGAUAAUUCCAUGGACAGCAGUAUCCAUCAACGACGGAAUUCAUAUAGAGGGCAUGAAUCAGAAGAUAGUAUGUCUACACUGGCAGGAAGGCGAGGAAUGAGACCAAAAAUGAUGAUGCCUUUUGACUCUCAGCCACCCCAGCCCGUGAUUAGUGCCCAUCCCAUCCAUUCCCUCGAUAACCCUCACCAUCAUUUCCACUCCAGCAGCCUCGCUUCUCCGACCCGCAGCCAUCUCCACCUUCAGGGCAGCCCAUGGCCCAUUGGCACAUCCUUGUCCCACUCAGACAGGGCUAAUUCUACAGAAUCGGUUCGGAACACCCCCAGCACUGACACCUUGCCAGCUUCCUCGUCUCAGACGUGCUGCACUGACCAUCCAGAUCUGGAGGGGGCCACCAGCUCCUCCUAUUUGGCCAGUACCCAGGAAGAAGGCUCUGGCCCAAACCUUCCUACAGCCCACGUCCGUCCCUCGCACCCACUGAAGAGCUUCGCUGUGCCUGCGGUUCCACCCCCAGGGCCCCCCACCUAUGACCCUGCCUUACCAAGCACACCAUUACUGUCUCAGCAAGCUCCAAACCAUCACCUUCACUCGGUGAAGACGGCGUCGAUCGGGACGUUGGGGAGAAGCCGGCCUCCUAUGCCAGUGAUCGUUCCCAGCGCCCCCGACGUGCAGGAGACCACGAGGAUGCUGGACGACUCGGAGAGUAGCUAUGAACCGGAUGAGCUGACCAAAGAGAUGGCCCACCUGGAAGGACUAAUGAAGGACCUUAAUGCCAUCACAACAGCAUGACCACCUUCAGCCAGACGUGACUCCAAACCCCAUUCCCUGAGUCUUGGGACUUGGCCUUGGAAAACAAGGAAUUGUACAGAGUGAGAGGACAGCACACGAGAGCGUCGGGGUCGAGGACGCGAGCCAGCCGGUGCCUCAGCGCUGGUGCCCGUUCACAAGACGGCCGACCCCCUGCGCUGUCGUCAUCACGGAUGAAGUCAUGGCCAGGGCGGCUUCCGCCCUCUGCCUCUGACGCCGCAAGGAGGGGGCACCAUCCGCCACGGCGGAGUGUCCUGGGGAAAGGCUGUGGGUGGCAUCUGCGCCAAGAUCCCCCCAGGUUUCAUCUCAGUGCUGAGACCGCACCACCUUCAUUGAGCGUUGGACAUUGGCGUUUGUGUACAAUUUUGUUUGUUUCUUAUUUUAUUUUAUCUUUUUUUUUUUUAAAGGAAAAGCCUUUUAUGUAAUCCAAAAAAGAAAGAACAAUUAGAGUGUUGUUUUCCACAGCCUGGCCUGACAUUUGACUGCUUGUUUCUCUUGUGUAUGGAAAAUCAUUGACGGUGUGGCUUGUUCUGGGGGUUCUGAGUUUUUUUAUUCUGGGUAAUCUGUCCUCUGCCAACAGUCAGUCCAUCACUUGGGAGGGAGGGGGGCCAGUGGGAGGGAUGUUGCAUUGCUAUUUGUAAGCUUUUUUAUUAUUAUUAUUUUUUUAUUAUAAUUAUUAAAGGCCUGACUUUCUCCUCUCAUCACUGUGAGAUUACAGAUCUGUUUGAAUGAAAUGUAACAUUGAAA